AUGGCUAUAUGUCGGAUAGGCUAUCCAAACUUAUUCAUUACGUUUACAUGUAACCCAAAGUGGCCUGAAAUCCAACGGUAUAUUGGGGUUAGAGGUUUGCGGCCUGAAGAUAGACCCGAUAUUGUUAGUCGCGUCUUCAAAAUGAAAUUGGAUAGUUUGGUUAAAGAAUUCAAAUCAGGAGAAGUGUUUGGUCCAGUCAAAGCCUUAAUAUACACAAUUGAAUUUCAAAAAAGGGGCCUACCACAUGCACAUAUCCUGUUGUUUCUUCGAUCAAACAAGUUUGACUCAUCACCCAGAUCCAUUGAUGAAUUCAUUUCAGCGAAAAUUCCUGAUCAAGAGAUUGAUAAAGAUUACCAUAAAGCUGUGGAAGAAUUUAUGUUGCAUGGCCCUUGCGGUGUUGCUAGAUCUAACUCACCCUGCAUGGUCAAUGGACGAUGUACCAAAUACUUCCCUAAAAGAUUUGUUGAUUCAUCAAGUUUUGAUGCGGAUGGAUACCCUAUAUAUAGAAGACGUAAUGAUGGAAGAACAAUAACAAAGAAUGGUAUUCAAAUGGACAAUAGGUAUGUGUCUGCUUCAGAGGCUACUUGGCGGUUACUCAGUUACGACAUCCAAUGCAGAACGCCAGCAGUAGAGAGACUUAGUUUCCACUUACCAGAUAGCCAAACAGUAUACUUUCAAGACGAUGAAGAUGUGGAAAGCAUUUUGAAUCGACAAACCUUGGGUCAAAGCAUGUUUACUGAAUGGUUUGAAGCAAACAAGAAAUACUCUGAAGCGAGAUUGCUAAUUCGAGGACCUCAAAGUUUUCAAGACAUCAAAACAUACAAUGGAACAGAGUACAACACUUUUAAGGAUGCAUGUUAUGCCCGUGGGUUACUAGAUGAUGAUCUUGAGUAUAUUGAUGCAAUUAAGGAAGCUAGCCAAUGGUCUACUGCACAUUUACUAAGAAAGUUGUUUGUCACACUUUUAAUGGCAAACACAAUGGGAAUGCCUGAAUAUGUGUGGAACGAGGUUUGGACACAUCUCGCCGAAGAUGCUCAAUACAAUCGACGGAAACUAUUAAAUCAACAAGACAUGCCAUUACUCUCAGAAGAAAUGUCUGUUAGGACUGACAAUAGGUUGAUCUUGGAAGAGUUAUCAUAUGAUCGUGAUUCGCUUGCUAAAGAAAGUGAGUUACUUCAUUCCAAACUAACAAAUGAGCAAAGAUCGAUCUAUGAUGUUGUUAUUUUUGAUGUUUAUUCAAACAAGGGUGGAUUGUACUUUGUUUAUGGGUAUGGUGGUAUUGGCAAAACAUUUCUUUGGAGGGCACUAUCAGCUUAUAUUAGAGUUAAAGGUCAAAUCGUUAUCAAUGUGGCAUCCAAUGGUAUAGCAUCAUUGCUUUUGCCUGGAGGACGGACAGCACACUCUAGAUUUGCAAUACCUAUUUGUAUCAAUGAAGACUCUACUUGCAAUAUUCAUCAAGAAAGUCAAUUAGCAGAACUCAUUGUUGCAGCGAAAUUGAUCAUUUGGUAUGAAACACCAAUGAUGCACAAGCAUUGUUCUGAGGCUUUGGAUCGAACAAUGCGAGAUAUAUUGCGAUUUGUUAAUGAAGACAGUGGUAAUAGGACAUUUGGAGGUCAAACAGUGGUAUUCAGAGGUGACUUUAGGAAAAUUUUACCAGUGGUGCCAAAAGGAUCAAGACAAGACAUUGUCUCUUCAACUAUAAAUUCAUCCUACCUUUGGAAGCAUUGCAAAGUUAUGCGCCUAACAAAGAAUUUGAGGUUAAAUAGUAUGCAAUGUCGUUUGGAUCAACAACGAAUGGGAGAAUUUGCUAACUGGUUGGCUUCAAUUGGUGAUGGUACUAUUGGCGAAGAUAAUGAUGGUUACGUUGAGGUUGAUAUCCCAUCUGAAAUGUUGUUGAAAUCAAAUGGUGAUCCUAUUGCAACUAUUGUUAACAGUACUUUCCUGGACUUUAAUAGUGGUAUAAGUGAUGGUAGUUGCUUUCAUAGCAAUGCAAUUCUAGCACCAACAUUAGAAGUUGUGAAUGAAGUUAAUGAAUAUAUGUCUGACUUGACUAUAGGGGAAGGGAAGACAUAUUACAGUUCUGACACAGCGUGCAAAGCUGAUGGUUCAUCUACGGUACUUGCAGAUGUCUAUACACCUGAAUUCUUAAACACUAUUAGAGCUUCAGGACUGCCAAAUCAUUCUUUAACAUUAAAGGUUGGUUCAUAA